AUGUCGGACGAGGUGUUACACCUAGCCGUUGGCCGGAGCACCGCCACGGAAGUCUGGGCAUCCAUCACUCAAGCGCUCGGAUCAUCCAGUCAUGUUCGGUGUCUGAGUCUCUUGGGGAAAUUUCAGAUGCUCCGACAAGGCAACGCCACCACCGCCGAAUACUUAGGGCGAGCGCAGCUCCUGGUGGAGUCGCUUACACAAGCUGGCCGGCCCUUGUCUCUGAUGGAACAGAAUUUAUACGUUCUCCGCGGGUUGCGUCCGGAGCUCAAAGCCAUCGCAGCUUCCCUCACUGCCUCGGGGACUCCCGUCUCUCUGUUGCACUUAUCUGAUUUUUUGCAAGCCCACGAGUUUAUACUCGUGGAUGAUUAUCCAUCAAGCAUUGAAGCCGACGUGUCUCCGACAGCCAUAUACGCUGCUCCAGGUCGUGGAUCGCAAGGUGGCAGUGGCGGCCAGCAGUCGCAGAACAACCGUGGGCGUGGCAGUCAUGGUAGUCAGGCUCGCGGUGGUCGUGGGAGUCCGAGAUGUCAGAUAUGCAGAUCUCACGGCCACACGGUCGUCUACUGCUUCAAGAGAUACAGUACCCAACCUCCAGCGCAGGCUCACGUUGCCAUCUCUGGUGAAGCACCGGCGUCAUCCUCGGCUCUACCGUCGGACGGUUGA